AAAUCUCAGGAAGAUCAAUAGUUUUGUAAUUCGAAUUUUGGUGACGUCAUGUGAAAACUAGCUUUUGCGGGUGUACAGCAGCUGUAUCGUCGCCAAAUAGCUCUUGAUCGACUUAUGAACGCGCCAGAGUUUUCUUUGUUACUGUUUUUAUUUCUUGUGGAGCCCGUCCAGACCUCUUGUUUUUCCUAGUUUCACUCGGGAAAAGUGGUUCGCGCUGAUCUUUCUAUCUAUUUUUCCCUGUCUCUGAUUACUUGUAGCUGUGUUCGGCAAGAAUUUGAUCGUUUAGCAACACUUCCUGAAUCUAAUCUUUCACAUCUUUAUCUUAUCUUAGAUAGUGUAGCUAAAGUUUCGCACCUAAUCGAAGAUGCAUCGUCUUAGGGUAUCGUGAUGUAAGCCUUAUGUUUUAGAAAAUAAACUGCAAUAGAGUGUAAUAAAGUCUAUUUCUCGUUAAUUCUUUAAUUGUGAACACGAGAGUGAAUACUCAGAGCAAUCUCGGUCGAAAUCUCAGCGGUUCGAAAUCAAAAUGUUGGGUGCGAACUCGGAUGGUGCGAACUCGGAUGGGGCGCACUCAAUAAUUUGGUGCGAAACCUCCCCAAGUAUUCAUAAAUGAUUUCCAAGGCGCUGAUAUUACCCUGGCUACGAGAGUCAUUAAUUCCGCGGCUUUCUCUUCUCUGCGUAGUAGCUAACAGGAGAACUACGACCAGUCUUACACGGACGUUCUUUGGACUCGGCCAAACGGAGUGGCAACCUAUUUCAGCCGAAGGCACGUAAGAAUUUGAAGUGAAGAGGCGUUUAAUUGAUUAAGAAGAAGUGAAACAAAACUGGAAAAGCCCGAAAAAAAAGUAAUAACGACACGAACCACAUUCCAUGAAGAUGACACACGACAAGGAAGUAACGCAAUCCGACAAGGAAAUAACGCAAUCCGACAAGGAAGUAACGCAAUCCGACAUGACUUGUCCUUGUGGUUUCUUUCGGAAGCGUUACAUGGUAGCCAUGUUGAGUUUUCUCGGAUUUGCGAACAUCUACGCUAUGCGAGUGAAUCUUAGUAUUGCUAUUGCUGUUAUGGUCGCUAACCAAACAGUUAUACAAGAUGGCAAGGAAAUCCAGGAACCUGCAGAAUUUUCCUGGAGUACAAAAAUACAAGGAGUAGCUCUCAGUGCGUUUUACUAUGGUUACAUAGUGACUCAGCUACCAGGUGGAGUUCUGGCGCGAAAAUUUGGCGGCGCCACCAUGCUUGGCCUUAGUGUGGGUACCAGUGGCGCUCUGACGCUGUUGACACCUUUAGCUGCGCGUGCGCAUGUUGGGGUCUUGAUUGCCUUGAGGAUUGCAAUAGGAAUGGCAGAAGGAUUUGUAUACCCAGCCGGGCAUGCGCUAUGGAGUCAGUGGGCUCCUCCUUUAGAAAGAAGUAAAUUGGCAACACUCAACCCCGCAGGUACUUAUCAAGGUCAUCACGAACCACAUUCCAUGAAGAUGACACACGACAAGGAAGUAACGCAAUCCGACAAGGAAAUAACGCAAUCCGACAAGGAAGUAACGCAAUCCGACAUGACUUGUCCUUGUGGUUUCUUUCGGAAGCGUUACAUGGUAGCCAUGUUGAGUUUUCUCGGAUUUGCGAACAUCUACGCUAUGCGAGUGAAUCUUAGUAUUGCUAUUGCUGUUAUGGUCGCUAACCAAACAGUUAUACAAGAUGGCAAGGAAAUCCAGGAACCUGCAGAAUUUUCCUGGAGUACAAAAAUACAAGGAGUAGCUCUCAGUGCGUUUUACUAUGGUUACAUAGUGACUCAGCUACCAGGUGGAGUUCUGGCGCGAAAAUUUGGCGGCGCCACCAUGCUUGGCCUUAGUGUGGGUACCAGUGGCGCUCUGACGCUGUUGACACCUUUAGCUGCGCGUGCGCAUGUUGGGGUCUUGAUUGCCUUGAGGAUUGCAAUAGGAAUGGCAGAAGGAUUUGUAUACCCAGCCGGGCAUGCGCUAUGGAGUCAGUGGGCUCCUCCUUUAGAAAGAAGUAAAUUGGCAACACUCAACCCCGCAGGAUCAAGACUGGGUAUUAUCAUUUCUAUGUUCCUUUCAGGCCACUUGGCCUAUAAAGUCGGUUGGUCCUCAAUAUUUUACGUCUUUGGAAUUAGUGGCAUAUUAUGGUCUGUAGUCUGGUUUACAUUGGUAAGGAAUUCUCCAUCGCAGCAGCCGUGGAUUCCCGCCAAAGAGUUACGUUACAUUGAAAAUAGUCUAAGAGAUGACUUACAGACUAAGGACGUACCUAUUCCAUGGAAGGCAAUAUUUUCUUCUUUACCAUUACGGGCUAUUGUCCUUGCCCACUUCACUCAGACCUGGGGUCUGUACACCAUGAUAUCAGAGCUGCCUUUAUAUUUCAACCAGAGACUACACCUCGACCUUAAACAGACUUCCGCAGCGUCGGCCUUACCAUAUAUUCUUGUGCUAUUCGUAAUAGUAUUUGGAGGGCAACUUGCAGAUUGUCUUCGUAAGUAUUUCCUCAGCACCGGAGCGGUAAGGAAGAUCUUCAAUACAUUAGGAUUUCUACCGAUGAUUGUUUUUCCAAUCGCGGCAGGAUACGUCACGUCAACUGACUACACGACUGCCAUCAUGAUGAUGACCUUAGGAAUAGGUCUGAAUGGUUUUGCUGAGUCAGGCUUUCUGAUCAAUCAUCUGGACAUUGCACCAGCCUUUGCCAGUGUUCUGUUAGGAGUCACUAACACAGCUGGUACUUUGUCAGGAAUAAUUAGCCCCACACUGACGGGAUUUAUUGUUCAACAUCAUAGUGCCAAAGAAUGGAGGAUGGUUUUCUUCAUAAACGGAGCGAUUUAUCUUGUUGGCGGAACAUUUUAUGUGUUGUAUGCUUCUGGUGAAAAACAACCUUGGGCUAACGGAAACAAAUAUGAAAAACUUAGCACAGAUGAACAUGAGCAAUAAUUAACCCGGGAAAAAGAAAAUAAAUAUACAAUAUUAUGAUAUAUGAAAUAUUUCGUUACUCGGAACAGAUAUAGAUAUGGUUUUCUGAUGUUUGGUAGAACGCCAACAGGCGACUAUCAGAUGAUAGUGAUUACCCAUCAAAGUGGAUCAUAAAUACAGCUUUCUUUUGCAUGUGGAUUUUAGCUUGAAGAGCGCUACGAGGAAAUAUUUUUUUGGGACUGAAAACCGCCGUAACUUACGAGUCAGUAAAACUUGAAACGGGCGCAGAGGUAAACGUUUCAAGAUUGUGGAGAAAAGCUAAGUAAAAAGCGUUUUGGUAGUAACAGUUGUCAUAGAAAAUUGUACAUACGUGUGUAGAUUUACCCUCUUCUGACGAGGAUGCAACGUAAAAUACGAAAAACCUAAGCGCUCCAUAGCGGUUAAAAAUUUUCAUAAAUAAAUUAUUGUUGUUUUCAGUUUAAGGCAUGUCGCAACGGGAAAAAUGAAGACCAUUUAGUCGUGACCAAUAAUGAAAUAGAGAGUUUAUGUCUCGAGCCUAUGGAUUGAUAAUUAUUCUUACAAAUUUUAUGUCAAAAAACUACAUCUAAGUGCUCGAACUAUCAGCUCAUUGGUCCUCGACAGAAACACUCUAUUGUUGUGUAAGGUACGACAUAAAAAAAAAAGACAUGACUUAUUGGUUUUGUGCAUUGGACUGCUAAUCAAACGGUCCGGGGGCCCCUUUCUCGAAAGUCCCAGUAACUUUACGGCCCUGAAGCCAUAUUUUAAGAUCUAAAUAUAAGGAAAAAUAAUGCGGGUUUUAUCUCAAAGGCCAGACCAUUCUGUUUCGUCUCCUGAUAUUGUUUAUUAUUUGAAUUUUAAAACUAUUAACAUCUCGAUCUUGAAUGUAAACACGGCAAACGAAAGACAGCUUGUAGGGACCAUUAAUUACCGGGACUUUCGAGAAAGGGGCCCCGGGCUAGGUAACUACCACAGUGCCUCUCUUCACCCAUUUAUAUUAUGAUAAAUGAAACCAUCACUUUAUGCCACAGAGAGAGGCGCCUACCUGAUGGGCCGAUUUCCUGUCAAUCAUACCCUUUUAAAGAAAAUAAAAAAAUGUUGUUAUUAAUAAAGUCUACAAAGGUCUGGCAAGUGCACCAAAGCUUA